AUGGGCGCGAGCGUCUUACCUCAACCCGAAGACACUCGUCAAGCUUCUUCCGUAUGGAAAAACAUGCAUUUCCAAUCUUUGCAUAAAUGCCGCCAUUCUUGUGACACUCGCGGUACUCCUUUAACAGGUCGAGACAGGUUAUGGUUUGGUUCAGACCUGAUUGUUUAUAAAAUUUGCAUUCACAUUAUGGCUACAUUGACGGUUGAACAUGAGGAGGGUGACAUGCAUCGCAAGCUACGGUACGAGAAGCUCAAAAGACUUGGAGAGGGAACAUAUGCUGUGGUCUAUCUUGUACGUGAUAGGGUCACCAAUCAACUUUAUGCGAUGAAAAAGAUCAAAAAAAUAUCUGGCUCCUCGGGACUGGACUUUUCGGCACUGCGGGAAAUCAAAUGGCUCUCCCAUUUGCGACACCCAAAUAUUGUCAAGGAUAUCAAGCCAUCCAACAUGCUCAUCCAAGCUAAUGGCACCUUACAGCUUGCCGAUUUUGGGCUUGCUCGAGACUAUGCAGUGCCACGCACCCCGCUUUCGCCAAAUGUCGUCACUAGAUGGUACAAGGCUCCGGAGCUUCUACUUGGCUCAACGCAUUACACGCAAAGUAUUGACACGUGGGCUGUUGGGUGUAUUUUUGCAGAGCUGAUGCUGAGAAAGCCGUAUCUGCCCGGAGACUCGGACCUUGAGCAGCUAAAGCUUAUUUGUAAGGCAUUGGGAACGCCUACGAGAGAAAGCUGGCCAGGGAUAGAUUCCCUUCCCGAUUGGGUAGAACUUCCCUUCUAUGGUCGGCCAAACCUCAAUUUGCAGUUCAGUGCUGCCUCUGCAGAUGCUAUUGAUCUGCUCUCAAAGCUUUUGGAACUCGUUCCCGCAAAUAGAAUAACGGCCAGAGAGUCGCAAAAGCUCGUUGUGGAUAUGAGCACAAUAGAAAAAUCGCUUGUCAGCUCCAAGGGUGAAAGUACGGCAAACAAAGAUAGCAUUUCCGCCCUUUUGAAUGAGCUGGUGCAGGCGUUUAACAGGCUCCCAUGA